CUCAGCUUGAAUCAAAAUGUCUGGGCGUGGCAAAGGAGGCAAGGGUCUGGGAAAGGGAGGAGCCAAACGGCACCGUAAGGUCCUUCGUGAUAACAUCCAGGGCAUCACCAAGCCGGCCAUUCGUCGUUUGGCUCGCAGAGGAGGUGUGAAGCGUAUCAGCGGUCUGAUCUACGAGGAGACACGUGGCGUGCUCAAGAUCUUCCUCGAGAACGUGAUCAGAGACGCCGUGACCUACACGGAGCACGCUCGCCGCAAGACGGUGACGGCCAUGGACGUGGUCUACGCCCUGAAGAGGCAGGGCAGGACCCUCUACGGUUUCGGUGGCUAGGGAUUUACGAUUCUUAAAGUCUUGCUGUCAAGAAAUGGGAUUGUUGGUUCGGUUUAGUUGAUGUUAAUUAGGUAGUUUUUGCAUUUCUUAGGAGCUAAAAUUGGUUUAGGGUUCUUGUUGCUAUGUGCUGUGUAAAGUGAUUGAUGGACUGAGUUUCUAUGUGUUUGUGGAAUUGCAACUGAAGUUGAAUGAAAUGAUGGUGUUUGAUCCAAAAUUGAUGUG